AUGCCUGGGAAGCAAUUCUUCACCGACGACGAGAAAGAUAUAGUUACGGAGCUCGUGCAGAAAUACAAAUCAUCAAUAGAAAAUAAGAAAUCGGACUCAGUGUCGCUGACAAGAAAGCAAAAGGCAUGGGAGGCCUUGGCCGCCGAUUUCAACAGCGUCGAAAAUGUGCGGCCACGCACUGUUCCCCAGCUGCGGAAGUUGUGGGACAAUCUCAAGCAGCGCUGGAAGAAGGAGAAAGCUCGGCAAAUAAGGGAUGCCAUGGCUACAGGAGGUGGGCCGCCGUCAGAACCGAUGGACGAGAAGCUGUCCCAAAUCGAGGCUGCGGUUCCACACCUUUCCGAGCGAGUAAACAACCCCUACGACAGCGACCGUCAACUGCCAUCACCACCGGGUGAUCGCGUUGACGAUAUCAUCACCAGAAUGACGCAGAACAACGCGGAAGACAGCGACGACGAUCGCACCAUCGAACUUAGCGGCACGGAUUGGCAUACGGAUACCGUGAACCCGACAUCCCCGUUGCCUGCAGGCCUUACUGAGGGCUCGUCCGAGUCCACACAGGCUACAACAAACUCGCAGCAACGAACCUCUCAGCAAACUCGGGGUACCACGACAGAGACAGGACAUGAGACAGUAGCCAGCCGGCGGGCGCUUCUGCAGCAGACGUUAUCAACAGAGCUUGAUUCUCGGCUGCAAGUGCUGCAGGAAGAGAGGCUCCAGAGACUCGCUGAGCAUAACGUAAGAAUGAAGAUGAUGGAGGAGGAGCAUAACUGGAAAAGGCUGCAGUAUGCUGAUGAGGAGAAAAAGAGGAGGUCACAACACAGGAUGAAGCUGCGUGUCCUUAAAGCCAAGCUGAAGGUAUUUUCAAUGAGAGUGGAUGUGCUUGCCAAGCAGCUGGCUGGUCACGAAGUAGAGUAA